UCAAAUUAGAGAUAUAUGCUUCCAUUCCUAGGAACAUAUUUUUACUUUUGACGUUUGUCUUGCGGUGUUCGUUGAUUUUCAUACACAUUUUGGAAAAUCAGGUUCUAUCGGGUAAUUACACCACAAUUAUUAAUAAGAAGUGUGAACAAUGUUGGUGUUACAACGCUUUACAGGCGGUGGUUCCGCCCAGCUUUUCCGGCGUAUACAAUAUGCAACAUAUAGUACAUCUGUAAGGAGUGCUGGCUUAACCGCAACUUCGGCAACACAAAAACCGGGUGAUAUUUCCACCCAAAAUCCAGUAGAAAAGGAGACGAGUACGUCCGGUGAUGACCACACCGACUUGAAUGCAAAAAGACCAAAAAGUUCUUUGGUUGCUGCAGCGUUUGAGUCCCUCAAAGAAGAUAGCUACACUAAGGAAAAAUCGAAAACUACUGACAGUAAAGGGAGGAACAGCCUUGACGAGCGCAUCCUUAACGCGAAAACUGUAAACGGCCUUUUAUCUGUGUCAGAAUCCAGCGGACCGCUCUCGCGUAAACAUGCUCUGAAAAUCGUCUCGACGCUAGCUGAAUGGAGCUCUAUAAAUCGUGCUAAGAUUGCGGAAUUUGAAAAUGAUGCUCGCUUUUUGCGUGUCUGUCGCGUGCUAGGGCGCACCAUGGGUAAAGACGGCAAUGCGAGUGGUGGCUCCGGAAACGAAAACAACGGUCCCAAACGUAUAUCCGGGUUUCGAACUGACGACCUUAACACUGUUUUAGGAGUUGCUGGUGAUGACGAGGCUGCCAAACUAAUUGCCAGCAUAAGUUUACCACAAAUGGUGAAGGUGAUGAGCACAUUGGCUCAACGUAAACGACGAAGUACGCCUCUAUUGCGAUCCCUUGCCUUCAAUAUAAGUAGCACAACUGAACAACUAGAUCUUAAACAGUCUGCUGAUGUGUUGUAUGCUAUGGCAACCCUAAACUUUCAAGAUUCAGUGCUAGCGGCGAAAAUUUGCUCCGAUAUACAGACUGCGUUGCCAAAAAAUACCGAAAAAUCAGCAGUUGUUGGGUCCAUUUUAACGAGCUUGGGAAUAUUAAAGUACCGCGAUUUAGACAUUAUGGAGGCUCUAACACUAUGGACACUGAAAAAUUCCGAAAUUUGUCGGCCGCAAGAUAUAAGUGCCUUGUUCAUUACAUCGGCAAUAUUAAAUUUCAAAAGUUCCUUUAUUGAUGAUGUUAGUAAAAAGUUAUCUACAUCUAUUGUAUGUGCUGAUUUUCAGAAAUGCAAUGAUUGGCUGAAUCACGUGUGGUCGCUUGCAAUGUUAGGACUUGUGAGCCACGAACAGCUGACCUCUGUUUUGAGUGCAAAUUUCGUUGAGAAACUGGAAGCGGAUCGAAAUGGUCUCUCACCUACCUCUAAAAUGAAGUUAUUAAAUUUGAAUGCAUAUGCGCAGCAUUUGGCAUGCGACUACAAAGGAACACUUCUGCCAGAAGAUAGUGCAGUUUUCCGAGUGCCACUUGCGCAUUCAAAAUCUAAACAAAUUUUAAUUAACGGGAUGUUGGAUGCAUUGAAGAGUUUGCUGCCUACCAGCAAUCAUCUGAAAAGUUUGCAUGACAGCAAAAUGGGAUUUUUAAUUGACGCACUUUGCUUAUUCGACCAUAAAAGGAAUCCAUUACCCGUAGAUAAAGAGAACCCAAAUGCAAUAAAAAUUGCGUUGAUGGUGGUCGAUUUCCACGAUGUCUGCCAUGGAACUCAUCGCUCGGCUAGCGGCAUAACGAACCUAAGCUUUGAUUUGUUGGAAAAAAGUGGAUACAAAGUCAUACCUGUGCCCUACAACGAGUUCAACACCAGUGACAAGCUGCUGAAACGGGUGCAGUAUUUGGAAGCGAAAUUUAAAGCGAUAAUCAGUAGUAAUGUUUAAGCUUUAUACUUGUUAGCCUUAUUUAACGCAAUAAGAAAGAUUAUUGUUAAUUUUGUCAAUGACUUGUCAUUAAUUAAAGAGUUAGACAAUUUUUA